CAUAUCAAUGUUGCCCUCAUAAAUAACUGUAAACAACCUGGAAAGUUAGAUACUGAUACAUUCCUUUAGGUUGCUUGUACAUUAAUUUGAAUCCCUCUAUGUAUGUAUUUUCUUAUCACAGUGGCAUUGCCUACUGGUGAUUCAAGGGCAUCUAUGACGUCAUCAAAUAAAAGAGGAAAACACCACAAGUGUCUUUCAUUCUGCUUUCACCCACAGAGACAGAAGCCCAGAGAAAAUCAUGCUGAGAGGAUUGAUUAGUUUCAGUGUCUUAAUGAUUGUCACUGAAGGAGCAUCAGUGAAAGUUCAUCCAGGAGGAAACACAACACUUCCCUGUAGCAUUAAAAACGAUAAAGAGAUUACCUGGAUCAUCACAAAUGGAAACCAAACAUUUGUCAGAAUUCUAAGACUAGAAUAUGUAUAUGGUUCAGAACCUAAACCAGAGCCCUCCAAUAUUCACCCCAGUUACGCAGGUCGGAUAAGAGCUCUCAGUUCAUCCACAAACACUCACUCUCUGCUUCUGAUGAAUAUCACUGACACUGAUCUCAUGCUCUACUGCUGCACUGACUAUAAGAUUGAGCAAACUCACUGCACAAAACUAGACUAUGAAGAGCAGCAGAAUGGUAUUGGUAAAUAUAUUAGCACGACAGUAUUGCUGCCUGUGAUCUGUGCACUUCUAUUACUCUCCCUGAUGUCAAAUGUGUGCAUGUGCUGGAAAAUAAAAAGACAAAAAAAAGAAAACUUACAGGAAUCAAAGACAUCAUAUAAAAGUACACAGGAUGAGCAGGUAUUCACCUUUAAGAUUUCUAAAGAAGUUAAAUUAUUGAUUUGGCUAGCAAAUGGAAAUGUACAUUUACAUCUACUGUUUCAGGAGAAUGAAGCUGAUGGAAUUUCAUAUGCAUCUGUGAAUAUAAAUAGAACGGAAAGAAACAGAGGACAACAUCAUCUCACACAGGACACAGUAUAUGCACGCAUUAAGUGAAAAUAAAUGCAUUUCUAAAAUCUAGAAUGUCUGCCUUCAUUUUGUAUAAGAUAAAUAAAAACUGCAU